UAGUCUAUUCUGACAUUGUAUUCCUAACCACUGUGGUCCCAUCUGAUUUAGCCGAUGAGGAGCUCUUCAGAUUAUUAACACUUUUCAUUCAUUUGGGUUAGAAAAUGGGUGUAGCUGAAAUUCAAGAGAAUCAGACCCAGUCGAAGAUGGAUUUCUGGAAUAUGGGAAUNAAAAUACUUUUCUUAUCACAAAUUACAACUGGAAUUCUGGGAAAUUUCUCUCUUAUAAUCUACUAUGUANUCAACUAUAUAGAACAUACAUUAAAGCCAACAGAUUUGAUUCUCAUGCACCUAAUGACAUCGAAUGCCUUGAUGGUUCUCUCUACAGGAGUGUUUCACACAAUGGCAGCUUUUGGCUUGACACACUUAUUAAAUGAUUUGGGAUGCAGACUAAUUUUGUACAUUCAAAGAGUUGGCCGGAGUAUAUCCAUUGGCACUACCUGUCUCUUGAGUAUCUUCCAGGCCAUUACAAUCAAUGAUAGGGUAUCUUGUUAUAAGGGUCAAAAAAUCAAAUCUGCAAAAUACAUUGGCUACUCCAUUUCCCUUCUCUGGGUCUUGCACAUGUUAAUAAAUUUUAUUCUCUUUGUGGACAUAUUUAUCAAAAGGAACAGGAAUAACAUGACAAGAGANCNUGAUUUUAAGUACUACUCCAUUGUAGAGCGAAAUGAAUUUAGUGACUCACUCUAUGUAGCAUUGGUGGUGUGCCCUGAAAUCUUCUCUUCUGUGCUCAUCACCUGUUCCAGUGGCUCCAUGAUUGGCAUCCUGUACAGACACAAGCAGAGGGUUCAACAUAUCCGCAGCUUUCAUGUUUCCACCAGGAACUCCCCUGAGUGGAGAGCUACCCAGAACAUUCUGGUCCUCGUGUCUACAUUUCUGGCUUUUUAUACUCUCUCUUCUGUCUUACAAGGCUGUAUUGCUCUUCUGAAUAAUCCCAAUUGGUGGCUCGUGAACAUCACUCGCCUCACUUUUCUGUGUUUCCCCACAUUUGCUCCCUGUGUUCUGAUGAGUCAUUACUCUUUUAUGCCCAGAUUCAGUUUGGUC